GCCAACCAUCAUCUAUCAACACCACUUGGCCGCCGACAGCACUAUCUACGACCUCCUUUCCGAUCAUCGUAUUUCCCCCAUUCUCUGUGAAUAGUCUGCGAAUAGCCCACGAAUCUAAAGAAACAAUCCCUCCAUGGCGGCCCUUGCCACGGGGGUAAUCGACCCCACCAAGGUCGGCAAGUACCGUGUCGUGUUGAGUGAUGCCCUGCUGGGGAAGGACCCUAAGGAGGUAUACACAGGCAUUAGAUAUAAUCAUAAACCCUCACUCUCAUCAACGACGGCGCCUCACCAAGCGCGCAUAAAACCCACCGGCUCGUCUGAUCCUUCAGCUUCAUUCGAUUUAUCUUUCCAAGAUGACGGCGGUCGCUAUGCCUUCCAAGGGUCUCGUGGCCACGAGGAUAACCAAUACGUGCUCAUCUUUGAUCCCGAGAGGGAAGUCUUUGUCUUACAUCGUGUCGACUCCAUGUUCAACAUGAACCUAGUGCGAACACCUAGUAGUACUGAUGCCGAUGCCCUGCGGCAAGAGUAUUCGCACCUCGAAGCCCAUCGUCCAUCAAAGGCAACUAAGGUGACAAACAAGGCUACUACGGGAAAAACUACGGGAAAAGCUACGAAGCCUAUGAAAUCCAAGAAGCCUGCGCCGACUAAGCCGUCUGUGACCAAGAAACCUGAUCCACCAGCGCCCGUACAACCUGCCAAGUCAAAGAAGGCACACCAUGACUCGGAAGACGAAAGCUCAGACGAUGAUCUUUUGACCAUAGAAGAUCCAGGCGGUGCUCCACCUGCAUCCAACCGCGAUUUCUCUCCAGGCUUCAUUGAUCAACCCCGCCGGUUUUCCGACUUUGUACAACAGUACCAAAAUGAAGAAGAAGAGGAAGAGGAGGAGGAUGGAGGUCUUGAGAUUGAGGUUGAAGCUCUGAACGAUGCAGAUGGAGAAGAGGAAGAAGAGGAGGAGGAUGAAGAUGACGAACCAGAGAAUUUCACGCUGCCGAGUCCCAUUCAUCGUCAAAUGAUGGGUCAAAAUAUCAAUGGUAGUAUCGGCGGACAUAACAGCGCUAGCACUACGACACAGAAGGGACCAGUAGAACAAGAAUCAGAUGAGGAUGAAGAAAUGGAGGACGUCGACGAUGGUGGCGCAUCCGUGGCCCAGAACGACCCGGCGGUCGAUGAUUUAGAGGCCGAGCUUAUGCGCGAGCUUGAAAAGGAAGAAAGCGACGUCAGCGAAGAAGAAUGAGGAAGCAUUGAAAUUCGUGACUUUUCAAAAGAUAUAUAUAUCCAUUAGCUAGACGAGCACAUUUGCAUUCUACGUCCCAUUCUCUUAGCGACAGUUCAGGGUUUAUUACUGAAACGGGGAGAUAUAUAACGCCAGGGAAAAACCGAAAGAACCCGGGCAUGGCUGUGGCGUUUAGGAUGUUAUGGGAUACCACUACAGGUUUUGAAAGCGUUUGACUUUAUAGAAGGAUUUGGGAGCGUUAUCCAACCCUAACAAAAGAAACAUUGAAAUUUCUCUACACCUGGUAGACAGCAGGAUAGUCAUAUUUCCGUCUU